AUGCAGGAUCCGUACUCUGCUAUGAUGCACCGUGACGACCGUUUCUUCAAACCCUACAGCACCAAUGUGAGAGCAGGAAAUGGAAGUGUCCCUACAUCAUACUACGGGAUGGGGUAUCCUGCCCCAUCUCACACCAUGAGCCAUACAGACCUGGCUGGACUUAUGCAAGGUGCUGGGCCUUCUUCUGCUGGUUUGGAUUAUUCUCUUGUGUCAUCCAGCAAUAGUCAGGACCUUUUGUCCCCGAUUCCUCAGAGCCACACAUUACAUCACACCCCUACUACAACGAACACUGGUGACAUGCACGCCACAAUGAAGUCCAUUGGUAAUAUGGCUAUGUCUCACUUGACCUCAAAUGUACCAACAAGUCCACCUCUUCCAAACUCCAUGGUGAAACAUGAGGUGGAUGAAGACGCAGACAAUUCUGAUUUAAAUUCCCCUUCCUCCACAGGAAGUAAUACCUCUGGGGGGCACUUAGACCUUGGAAAUGGUGAUGGGGAACCUAACUUUAAAAUGCCACCCAAGAAACGACCUCUUUCUGUACCGGAUAGUCAAAAGGAUGAAUUAUAUUGGGAUAAACGAAAAAAGAACAAUGAUUCCGCCAAACGAUCGCGCGAAGCAAGGCGUAUGAAGGAAGAACAAAUUGCUCUUAGGGUUGUGUUCCUUGAACAGGAAAACCUACAGUUACGGACAGAGGUCUCUUUGCUCAAGAGUGAGAUAGAAAAGUUACGAUGUAUGCUGUAUAACCCGUAA